AACAUUUUUCUCUCCUCCUAUAACUCAAACAAAAAUAACAGCAAAAAAGAGUUUAAGAAAAUCAAAUGUGAUAAAGACAAAUACAGAGAAGGAAGAAACAUAAGCAUGGAGAUUUCUCCUCAUUGUUUGGUUUCUCUUCUUCUAACCCUUCUUUUGUCUGGACUCGCCUCGUCUCUCCACAUCUCUCUUGAUGAAUUUGAGUCACAUCCAGCCACAAGCCGAGCUCUUCUUCAGGCAAAGACACCAUGCAAGGAAGAUUUUGCGAGCAAGAAUUACACAAUUAUAACGAGCAAAUGCAAAGGACCAAAUUAUCCAGCCAAGGCAUGUUGCUCGGCCUUCAAGGACUUUGCUUGCCCAUUCGCGGAAGCUCUUAAUGACGAAAAGGCAGACUGUGCCUCUACAAUGUUUAGUUACAUCAAUAUCUAUGGUCGUUAUCCUCCCGGAAUAUUCGCAAACAUGUGCAAAGAAGGCAAAGAAGGGCUCGAUUGCUCCAACGUCACCGCUACCUCUUCUGCUCAUGCAUCACUCCCUCUUGUCUCCUCCACACACGCAAUGCUUAUCACCGUUCUCUUUUUUUACUUCUUCUGAAGACAUAUGUUACGCUAUGACAUGAGAUAUAUUAUAUAUGAUGAUUCCGUCGUUAUUAUA